AUGAUUAUAUAUUUGCCGAAACGACGCUCCGUAGAUGUACUUCAAUCCAGCUCAAAGAGGUCUGGCUGGGAGCAAUGCUCUCCUGCAAGUCCAGGUCCGUACGGAGUAAACGGCGAGGAGACGGUGGUCAGUCUCGGAAAUCAGCUGAAGAAUGGGAGUUUGUCGUCAUUGCUUGAGGGCACUUCGCGCGAGGAAGACAGCCAUCCCGGCCGAGGAGAUGCUGCUGGCCGGCACAACCACCUAAAGCUCGUGACGGCCCGAAGAAGCUGUUCCUACCCACCGCGUAGAGCGAUCGCUGCCAGUCCCCGUUCAUCCCCUUUUUUCGUUUCAAGCUUCCCGACAUGGAAAGCUGUUCAGGUUCAGGGGCUGAGAAGGUAA